AUGGAAGCAGAAGAGAAACGUAGGACAGAGAACGAGAGGAGGCAGCGUGAGCAGGAAGAGCGGGAGCAGGAGGACCAGAUGAGGAAACUGGAGGAAGAGAUGAAAAUAAAACGUUUUGAAAUAAAGCGUGAAAAUCUACAGAGGCAGUUGAACUCAGAACAGGCAACAGCACUUCCUGACGUAAUGAUCAUGUCUGUCCAAAUGGAAGAAAUGCGUAAAGAGUUUGAAUUGUGGGAAAGAGAGAGACGGACAUGGUGGGAACAGCGUAACGAGGAAGAAAAACAGCGACGUUUUGAAGAACAAAAACGGCAACAAAAAUACGAAGAGGAGCGUCAAAAGUUCGAACGCGACUGUCAAACUUAUCAGGUGAUGCGUCGAGAUGAAGAGAUGAAACUCAGGGAGCAAGAGGAGCUGCUGUUGAAGAAACAUCAUCAGGAGAUGGAGAGGAUUACUCGAGAACAUGUAGCUGAAGCCAGGGAACAAGCACUUAGGUCGAACCAGUUUAUAGAAAGCUCUUCUCACCUCGUGGAGGAGAUGAACAGACGCGACAUGGAGUUGGUUCAGCAGACUGUGACCGGACACAAAGGCGCUGUUAUUUAUUUCCCGACGUUUUGUCCUUCAUCUACAGGACUUCUUCAAGGGAAUGAGAUCUCAGACUGGGCGCUGGAGAAUAUCAGCUCAUUUGGAGCUCAGGAAACAGAUAAUAUGGCAGAGGCAGCAUUUGCCGACUUCAGAAUUGUAAUGAUUGGGAAGAACCUGGAGGAAAAGGCUAAGCUUGGAACAUUCAUCACAGCAAAGUCAAUUGUCCCUUAUGGUAAACUGUCCAAACAGAGCAGUGUGUUCUUUGGACAGUGGCGGAGAAAAGCCGUGACCAUCUACAACACCACAGACCUGUUCAGUGCAGAUGAAACCCACAUGAGAGAGGAAGUCAAUCAUCUGCUCUCUGUAUGUGCCCCUGGACCCAACGCUUUCCUGCUCUUAGUUGACCCAUCAGAAUUUACUCAAACGGACAGCGACAAACUCCGAUCCAUCCUCGGAGGUUUUGGAGAUGACGCCCACAAAUAUUCAACGUUAAUUUUGACCAAAGGUGACAUUAGCUGGAACACACCGUUCAAUGCCCUCAAAAAGGACUGUGGUCAAAGACUCCUCAGACUCGACUAUGGACUCCUUCAGGAGAAUUUAAUGGACAACAUCCAGUCCAUGGUUGAUGACUAUGUAGAGGGCAUCCACACGUUUAUGUUGGUGCAACCUGUGGGGCCACUCAACCUUGAGGACAAACAGGAGCUGGAUGCAAUUAGAAGAGCAUUCACCUCCAAAAUGGAUAUCUUCAAAAUGAUUCUGUUCACAGUGGAUUCAGAGUCCAUGGCUUUAGCUGUAGCAAGGGCGAAUUAUGAAAGCAAGAAACAGGAGGAACAAAUCAGACGCAAAGAACUAGAGCAGGAAUUUAUAGCGGUCGAGGAGAGCUAUCUACAUCAGAUGGAAGCUAUUCACCAGAAGAGUUUUGAAGAUGCACGAAGGCAGGCUGUAGUGUGCAAUGACUUUCAGACGAAAUACACAAAAGAGUUAACCGGACAGGAGUUGGAAACGCAAAUGGCACUCGUGAAGGUACAGCAGAGGGUUGACGACGCUGUCAUACUGAGGCACCUACAAAAAAGCAAGUUGCAUCUAAAGGACUACAAUUUGAUGAAGGUGAGGCAGGGUAAGGAGAUCAGAGAACUACUCCAGCAGCAGGUUAUGCACGACCCAGACUAUGUGAUGAGAGGUGUGGAUGCACUGCGGAAACAGCACGACGAGGAGGUUCACGACUGGAUACAGGAGAAAGUGAAAGAAGCAGCGAACAACAAUGCAUGCGCUAUACUCUGA